CAGCUUUUUGAAGAUAUGGAUGUACUUUUUCUUUUUAAAGAUAUGGAUGUAAUGAGGCCCUUAAUAAAUGAGCAGAGUUUUGAUGGGACAUCAGAUGAAGAGCAUGAACAAGAGCUGCUUCCUGCUCAGAAGCAUUACCAGCUCAAUGACCAAGAGGGCAUUUCAUUUGUGCAAACUCUUAUGCAUCUUCUUAAAGGAAAUAUUGGAACUGGCCUUUUAGGACUUCCACUGGCAAUAAAAAAUGCAGGCAUAGUGCUUGGACCAAUCAGCCUUGUGUUUAUAGGAAUUAUUUCUGUUCACUGUAUGCACAUUUUGGUACGGUGCAGUCACUUUCUGUGUCAGAGGUUUAAAAAGUCAACAUUAGGUUAUAGUGACACUGUGAGUUUUGCUAUGGAAGUAAGUCCUUGGAGCUGUCUUCAGAAGCAAGCAGCAUGGGGACGGAGUGUGGUUGACUUUUUUCUGGUGAUAACACAGCUGGGAUUCUGUAGUGUUUAUAUUGUCUUCUUAGCUGAAAAUGUAAAACAAGUUCAUGAAGGAUUCCUGGAGAGUAAAGUGUUUCUUUUGAAUAGUACCAAUUCAUCAAACCCUUGUGAAAGAAGAAGUAUUGACCUAAGGAUAUAUAUGCUUUGCUUUCUUCCAUUCAUAAUUCUUUUGGUCUUCAUUCGUGAGCUAAAGAAUCUAUUUGUGCUUUCAUUCCUUGCCAACAUUUCCAUGGCUGUCAGCCUUGUGAUAAUUUAUCAGUAUGUCGUUAGGAAUAUGCCAAAUCCCCACAACCUUCCAAUAGUGGCUGGUUGGAAAAAAUACCCACUCUUUUUUGGUACUGCUGUGUUUGCUUUUGAAGGCAUAGGAGUGGUUCUUCCACUGGAAAAUCAAAUGAAAGAAUCAAAACGCUUCCCCCAAGCAUUGAAUAUUGGCAUGGGAAUUGUUACAACCUUGUAUGUGACAUUAGCUACCUUGGGAUAUAUGUGUUUUCGGGAUGAAAUCAAAGGUAGCAUAACUUUAAAUCUUCCCCAGGAUGUAUGGUUGUAUCAAUCAGUGAAAAUUCUAUAUUCCUUUGGCAUCUUUGUGACAUAUUCAAUUCAGUUCUAUGUUCCGGCAGAGAUCAUCAUCCCUGUGAUCACUUCCAAAUUUCAUGCUAAAUGGAAACAAAUCUGUGAAUUUGCAAUAAGGUCCUUCUUGGUUGCUGUUACAUGUGCUGGCGCAAUUCUGAUUCCUCGUUUGGAUAUUGUGAUUUCCUUCGUUGGAGCUGUGAGCAGCAGCACAUUGGCCCUGAUCCUACCACCCUUGGUUGAAAUUCUUACGUUUUCUAAGGAACACUACAAUAUAUGGAUGAUCCUGAAAAAUAUUUCUAUAGCGUUCACUGGAGUUGUUGGUUUCCUCUUGGGUACAUAUGUAACUGUUGAAGAAAUUAUUUAUCCUACUCCCACAGUUAUAGCUGGCGCUCCACAAAAUCCUUCUCUAAAUUUGAAUUCAACAUGCUUUACAUCUGGUUUGAAAUAGUGGAAGCAGAAUUAUGAGUCUUCUCCUUUUGUCUCAGUUCUGAAAAUGAUGAAAAUAAGAACUAGUAGAAUACAUUGCCAUGUGCUUAAAACUAGAACCAAAUUCUCUUUUCUUUUGGCACAGUAAGGGUAUUUUGAUAGUAAACUGUAAUUCUUUACCGAUCGUGGUAAACUAUGACAGAUUAUUGGUUUUAAAUAUCAGCAAUAAUUUCAACAAAUGUCCUGAAAAUUUUUUAAAUUAAAAUUAAGAAAUUAAAAUGUAGAAAAAUUAAAGAAUAAAAAGACUUUCACUAUUCUUCAAUCAAUCAGAAAUAGCCCAACCAAGAUUCUCUUUUACACCCAUGCUCCUCUUUCCCCACCCAGUUGAGGAGAGAACACGGUUCUAAUAAUAAGAGAAUCAAAGAAGGACAUAGUUAACAAAAAUCUUCUCACCAUCUCGGUGAAUAUCAAAGUGGACUUGGUGUUUAAUGUAAAAAUGUCUUAAUCAUGUUUUUACUAGAGAGCCAGAUACUUAUGAUUCAUCCUUGGAAGGAUAGAAGACUCAUUAGCGCUAACGUAAACAUCAGAAUCCCUACAAGCAGAAUUAUUCUACACUGUUCUCUGAUGGUAGUCGAUCUGCCCAAUGAAAACUCUGAGGCACUGCGUGAGAUCCUGACUUUGUGUCUCAGUCAAAUUUGAAAGAGACUUCAAGGGUUAUCCAACACAAUUCCCUUAUUUUUUACCUAAGAAAAUUCAUGCCCAGAAAGGUUAAGUAACUUGGUUAAGACCACGCAGCUUUGAGACCAAGCAAGAGAACUUGAUCUUUUGACCCCCAGUCCAGGACUUUUUAUUUUUCACAUCACAUCCAGGAAGAAGAAUAAAUUAUGUCCAGUUUAGCCUUUAGCAUUGCAUCUAUUUAAUUAUAUUUUAAUACUUGGAAAGCCAGUGAUCUUUGAAUAGCGUAUGUGACCUCACCAUAAAGAUCAGAGAACUCUAAAAAGCGUGUAUUACAGCCAUAUAAACCCCAACAAGAGAAAGAAGUUUUCUAUUGUUUUGUUUUGGUUUAUUUUAAAGAAUAGAAACUACGUGCUGUUUUAACUGCUGGCUAGUAAUAGUUACCUAGCUACUUUGUUUGUGGCUCGAACUCUCCUUACUAGUUCUUCCCUUUUUGGGUUUUGUAGGCACCAUCUUUCUCAAUGGCAGAAAAUUGGUAUCUGACAAAAUACAGGACUUGUGUAUUCCUUCCAGCCCUGUGGCUUUAUUAUAGCCUUUUAGUGAUCUGAAGGGGCAGGAUAAAAAAAAAAAACAACCAUAAAGAAAUUUAUGCUGAAAAAAUCAAGGCAAUAAUAGUCUACUAAAUCUUGAGACACUCCCGGUUUCUUCCAGAAAAAUACCCUUUAUUACUUCAGAUUUGUCAAGCCUAGUUAUUAACCAAAACAAUCUCAGUUGACAAGAAAAAUGAAAAAUUUUAAGUUUAAAACAUUAAGAAUCUUGACUUUUUAAAAAGUUCAUGCUUCAGAACACGUUGAACUUCUAAUCAGGCGGAUGGCACCCUAGUUUGUAAUAAUCAUCACGAUCACUGUACUGCAUGUGGUCUAUAUUUUUAUAUGUAAAUGUUAACUUAGUUCAAGGAUCUUUUGCUUUGCAUCAUCGAGUCAUCAAAUACAAUUCUAACAAAGUAUCAGAAGCUUUAUUUUUGUACAAAUUCAUAAGAAUCAAACUUUUUUUAAACAUUUGCAUUAGAUAUCACCAAUAAUUGUUUGUGAUACUUUUAUAUCAAAUCUGUUCUGGUGAGCUUGUAGUCAUACUGAGAGAAUGUGGAAGAAGUUAUAGGAAAUGUAGUCAUCAUUGAAACUGUUAUAUAAUCAUGUUUCUAAGAAUAAAUUAGGUUUUUUUUAAAAUGUAUAACGGUAUAAAAUGACUUGAAAACCAUUAUUUAAUAGAAAGCACUAUUAUUUUGUCAACUGUCUUCAGAUAUUUCUAGUCUAUGCAUGAAAUUUUAUGUUUAUACUUUGACCUGUUUAUUUUCCUUAUUAAUUCAUCAAAUUCUAUAAAUUUUGAAUAUUUGAUCAUAGCAAUAAAUAAAUUUUAGAUUCGGCUUGAACAAAAUGUUGAGCGCAUUAUCAAUCAGGCUUCCUUAUGCAGCGAGUGCUGAAUCGACAGCCACUAAAUCAUCGAUACUUUAAAUACAAGAGAAAAGUUGAAAUGUUGAAAGAAGGGGCUAAAAGGGAGAGACUAGUUUUAAUUCUAACAAGAAACUGUUUAGAUGUAAAGCAUAAAUGCACCCUUACUUAAGGAUUUUUGAUGAUGUAUUUUAUUUGCAAAAAAAUCAGUGGCAAUAUUUUUCCUCUGAAAAUUUAGUUUUAAUGAGUCACAACAUUUUCUAAAGAUUUUUAGAGAUGUUUUGAUGAGACCAGCUGUUGCUUUUAUUUUCGGGCCUGGAAAAAUGAGAGCAAUCGCACCUGUCAAAUUGUGUAUCUUGUGUCUUGGUCCAUUACGCUAUGGCUCAGAGGACUGCCGCAUUUCCUCUGCCACAAUAAAGAGCCCUCUUUGAAAGCGAAUCAGGUGCCUGAGAGCCCUUUCUACCACAGAGGUGGGGGAGGGAAAGGAGAGCUUCAUUCACCUCUGCUGACUUCAGUUCUAAGUUAGUUACCACUGGUCCUUUACCUUCAAAAGCGUGUCGCCAGUUUCAGAGUCAACUUGUCAAAACACUGGUUUUCAGAUAUAUAGAUAUAUAUGUAAUUCUUUUUUUUUUUUUUUAAUCAGAGGAUCUUCUUUUCCCCACAUGGUCAGAUUUCUCCACAAUUAAAUAACUAGGGUUUUUUCCUCGGUUAAAGACCAAUUUGUAUGAUGUUAUCAAAUAAAAAAGUAUACUGGAUCAGCAAAUGCCACAUUAUGUUUUAAUUCUGUCCUUGCUGGAUUCUCCUUUCUUAAAACCAUUUCUGCCUCUCAUCUAGGCAAUGUACUUAACGUUUUUAUAAGCAUUUAAUGCAAUGGGCAUGUUGUAAAUUUCCUAACAGGGCCUAAUUUCAUUCAGUAUUUUCAGAAUAGUUACAGGAAAGCUGUCUAACUGCAAAGCGCUAUAAAAAUAUUAAUGGAACUAUGAAUUAAAGCUCCACGUUAGUGCCAUUUCUAGCUGUGCAAAGCACAGGUCUUAGCGGAGCUUACCGGUGGCAUUCUUCACUAGAUGUCAGCCCCGACAGCAUCUGAAGAGUGCAUUUGUUUACAUUAGGUUUCAACCUCAGUUCUCCUUUCUUGGUUUAAAAAAGAGACGAUGCAAAGUAGAGAUAAUGGAAAUCAUAAAUACAAAUUUAAAAAUAAUACCAGUGGCCCAAUGAAUAUUUUCUGUUGGGGAAUAAGAUUUGGUAAAAAUACAGACCAUUGAUCAUGUAAAAUGAGUUUGUUUUUUUUAAAUGAAUCAGUUUUGUUCUUUUUGGCUGAUCUAGCUUCCCCCCUCAUAAGAAAAUUUGAGAACUUCGAUCUAAAAGGUGUAACAAGGUACUUCCUAACGUUAAGUGGCUGACCCGCAAUAGUUAACACUCCGGCAGUGUUACGGUAAUCUUAUUCAUGCUCCUAGUGCUUACUCGGCUAAACGCCUUAAUGAAAGUGGUUGGUUUUCACCUAGGAGAUAAGAAAACAUGCUUAAGAAAUGACUGGAAAUGCUAUUUAUUACCCUGUGAUAAAUGAGAUGAAGACUUACUCUCAUUCUUAAAAUGUCAUAUUAAAAUUAGGUAGUUCUUAUGCACACCAGUAAUCCAUGUGAAUUAGAUACUGAUAUUAACAACCAUUUAAAUUGGGUCCAGAAGGAUGAUGUGUUGAAAGAUCACUCCAAAAAUUAUUUCAUUAGAGUUUUCCUGAUAACAAAUAGGAAAGCAAAUGCUUAUACAGUGAAUAAAUUAAUCUGUGGAUUUUUGUGUUUUUCAAAAUGUUUUUGUCAGUUUGAAAACUAAAUGUUAUUGCACUUGAGUCAAUCCUUUUUCUUUUAACUUAUUUUUCUUUACAAUAUAAAAAAAACCUGUCUUAAAGUACUGUAACUCUUCUGAAUUUUCAAUAAAAUAUAAUUAUUUUGCUUGCAAA